AUGAAGGAAGAAGGCCCCUCAUUUUCAAUUUCUGGUGGACAAGAUAUCGGAAAAGAUAGUAUCCUGGCUUCUCUGCAUAUCUCACAACCAGCAAAGCUAAUACUUAUCAAUACAGUGUUGAUGAGUAUGACUGCUCAUGUCAUGAAGUGUUUUAAGUUGCCUCAAAGUAUAGCUAACAAAAUAGAUUCUUUAAUUGCGCGGUAUUGGUGGGCGAAAAGUGGCCAGAAAGGAGUGCAUUGUGUAGGCAGAAAUGUCAUACAACUUCCCAAAAGUAUGGGUGGUUUGGGUAUUCGAGGUACAUCAGAUUACAAUAGUGCACUCGUCUUCAAACAAGCAAUCAGGAUGCAUUUCAACCCCCAACUUCUUCUCUCCAGAGUCUAUCGAGGUUUCCAAGAUUGUGGUAUUUGCAAUAUCGCUAAACCUUAUAUAAGAAGGGGAAAUCCGUCGAUGGGGAGGUCUAGCAUCCAAAAGGUCAAUGAAUUUUUUAAGGAAAGGUUUGCUUGGAAAGUAGGGAAUGGAAAUAGUAUCUCGGCAAUCAGUAUGCCAUGGGUGCAUGGGAAUGUUCCAGUGGUCAAGUUGGGUCAAACCCUGAGGUUAGCUAGAAAUUGGAAAGUCAGCGAUUUUAUUAACAAGGAGACCAAGAAUUGGGAUGCAGGGAAGGUGAGAGAUUGUUUUGAGUGGGACUGGGCACGAGCAAUCCUAGCACUGAACUUCCACAGGCUAGUGAGGAUGACUUCACAUAUUGGAGAUUUCAUCCGUCAGGAAGGGUGUGAUCUUUGGAGGGUGGGUAUUGAAGAUUGCCAACACCUAUUCAGGUUUUGCACUCAGGCAAGGGAAGUUUGGGAAUCCGGCUUCCUGAAUAUUUGUCCUGACCAGCCGAAUGCCACCUCUCUGAGAGGGUGGAUUCAACACUAUAUCCUGCUUUUUUAUAGCGAGGAUGGUAAGCAUGGGCGUUGUAUGGACCAUGAUACUUUCUUCAACCAUGGCAACAAUGACUAUGGGGGAGAGGUUAGGAGUGGUGAGGACCCAGUGUUUCCCCCGGGUUUUCACCUGGUCCAGCUAGGUAAAGAAGGAGAUAAGCUGGAUGGCUUUGUUGUGGAAGUUGAUGGCUCUUGGGAUAAAAACUCGACGAGAGCAGGGAUAGAGUGGGCGGUUCAAACUCAAGGGCAGGGCCAUGAGGUGGAGGAAGGGGGGAAACAGGAUGCUGCAACGUCUGCUAUCCAAUGUGAAGCCUGGGAUUGUCUGGAAGCCAUGAGGUGGGCCCGAUUACAAGGAAGAAAUGGGAUCCUAGUUCUGUCUGAUUCUGUCACUUUGGUCAAUAGCCUUCUGUACAAGGCAAAUGAGGGGGUGUCGAUAAAGUGGCUCAUCAAGGAGAUUAGGGAGAUAGGAUCGACCUUUCAACGAUGCGCUAUUUUAAAGGUCCUAAGGGAGCAAGUCCAAAAAGCUAAUGAUAUAGCUAGGAAGUGCAGGAUUACUCCAUCCCUUCUGUUAUAA